AUGUCGAAUACUGCUACUAUCACUCAACAGGCUGAGCGCAUCGUGCCGCUCAGUGUCGAAGCCAAAUAUCCAGAACCUCUUCAGCCUUCCGGAGCUCUGGACAAGUUCACAUUCGAAGAAUCCACCCCAGUCAUCGGCCGUGAAUAUCCCAAAGUCAACCUUGUCGACGACAUCAUCAACGCCCCAAACGCAGAUGAACUAAUCCGCGAUCUCGCUAUCACCAUCUCCCAACGAGGCGUCGUCUUCUUCCGCGCCCAAGACAACCUCACAGACGAACAGCACAAACAACUCGUCCACCGUCUCGGCCAACUAACCAACAAACCCAAGGACUCAACCCUUCACAUCCAUCCUCUUCUCAACAGCACCAAUGAAUUCGGCGUAGACGACAAUGAAAUCAGCGUUAUUUCAUCAAACGUUGAGUUCUUCCAGGACAGAAUCAAAGACCGUGAUGAUCGAAAGCAAGGCGCUGCAAGCUGGCACAGCGAUAUUCAGUUUGAGCAAUAUCCCGCUGAUUACACGAGCCUGAGACUCACGAAACUCCCUGCUGGAGGUGGCGAUACACUCUGGGCCUCGGGUUAUGAACUAUAUGAUCGAUAUAGCGAUCCCUAUAGGAAGUUCUUUGAGGGAUUGACUGCUACGUUUUCUGGCGAUGGGUUUUUGAGGGCGCGAGAUGCGAGACCAGAUCUUUACAAGGUCUACGAGGAACCGAGAGGGAAUCCCGCGAAUAUUGGUGAUGAGCUCAAGGCUAUUCAUCCAGUUGUUCGAACAAAUCCCGUCACUGGAUGGAAGUCUAUCUUUGCGAUUGGAAACUUCCCCAAGCGGAUCAAUGAGCUGAGCGAGCGUGAAAGCAGAGAGAUCUUGGAGUCGCUCUACAAGAGGAUUGAGCAGAACCAUGACCUUCAGGUUCGCUUCCGAUGGAGAAGUCCCAACGAUAUUGCAUUCUGGGAUAACCGCAGCGCGUUCCACAGCGCGACGAAUGAUUACGAUGGACUUGGUGAGCGCACAGGUCACAGAGCUGUAGGCAUUGGCGAGAAGCCUUACUUUGACCCCAACAGCCUAUCGAGAACUGAGGCAUUGAAGAGAACUUAG